GUGAAAAUGGGACUAGAAGCUGUAGUUUUCCAGCAAGAUUUGUUUAAUUACAGCAACAGAUAUCUCUACAGCUUGUUAGGAGGGAAUUCAAGCUAUGAAGACAAGCAUUUUUCUCAUCACAAUCAAACAUCUGAUGAAGCUAAUAAUGAUUUCGUCAAUGGAGGUUAUUGGGUUUCUUCCUCUUCACCAACUUCAGUUGAAGCUACUAACAAUGGUAAUGGAUCGUCCUCCUGCGUCGUCGACGGCUUGGCCGUGGCGGUCGAGACGACUUCGACUCGUCCCAAGAGACGUCGGCUCAGGACUCGUAAAAACAAGGAAGAGAUUGAGAAUCAAAGGAUGACUCACAUUGCAGUUGAGCGCAAUAGGAGGCGGCAAAUGAAUGAAUAUCUUUCUGUUCUUCGUUCUCUCAUGCCUGAAUCUUAUGUUCAAAGGGGUGAUCAAGCGUCGAUCAUCGGAGGAGCUAUCAAUUUCGUGAAGGAGCUUGAGCACUGUGUCCAAUUGUUAACUGCUAAGAAAGAGGUGAAGGAAAGGUCAGAUGGAAGUACUAGCGGUUGUUCAUCACCUUUUGCAGAGUUCUUCAUGUUCCCACAGUACUCGACUCGGGGUGAUAAUAACUCGAUCCCGGUGAACGAAUCGAUGGCGGCGGAGACUCAACCUGCCACUGCAGACAUAGAAGUUACCAUGGUGGAGAACCAUGCAAACCUCAAGAUAAGAUCAAAGAAUAGUCCGGCACAACUCUUGAAAUUGGUUUCGGGUUUGAACAGUAUGCGUCUCAAUAUCCUCCAUCUCAAUGUCACCACAGUUGAUCACACUGUACUCUAUUCUCUCAGUGUCCAGGUAGAAGAUGACUGUAAGGUGACUUCAGUGGAUGACAUCGCUACAGCAUUAAACCAGUUGCUAGGUAGGAUUCAAGAAGAUGCUAUGUUGAACUGAUUUAGGCUAAUUUAC